AUGGAUUGGCCACGAUGCCUCAGCGCUCGAGUGCGUACACUACAAAUUUCGUUUUCGAAUUUUCUUCAACCCACUCCGGCGUCACAAUGCCGAUUACCAGCCAUGGCCAAAAACCAAGCGGAAACGAUGCGAGCUCAGGUCAGCGACACGCUGGCGCAUUACAUGCACGCCGUUCACACCGCAGCUGCGACGUUCACACCGGGGCUCCGAGUACCAAACCCACCGAUUGGCAAGUCCUCUACAAAUUACUCGUCGUCCCAUCCUCCAACGGUGGAGGGAGCGCCCGCCCGCGAGGCUUGGUCCUCGACCAUCCGCCGGCGCCAGCAUCUAAGCUGGUCCCACUCUCUAUCUCUACACAUAUACAGCGACUACACGCUCGUUCAGAGUGAUGGUGUACUCCCGUCACUCCAUGCCAUUCCGACUCUGCCAGUCUCCACUUCUACGUGUAACCAAUGUCGCCAUUCUCUGACACCCAAGCAUCAUGUUUGCAGUCCUCUCGGGUUCUUAUAG